AUGGCGGCUGGAUCACCGACCAGAUCACAGGAACGUUCUUCUUGGAGCCAUCAAUACUUCUGCAAUAACAAUGAUAUUGGCAACAGCAAAACUUAUGAGAAACCUGCGAGCGAUGAAGAAAGUAUAAUCCGAAAUCAGAAAUCAGAUUUGGGAACCUUUGAUGACACAGAUCAGCUCCAUACCUGGAAAUGA